CCCAAUGUUAAUGUUUCCAACGUCAAUAUGGGUAGCGGACGCAAAUCAAGCCCAUAAGAGCUAUCAAGGGCGGCCACGAAGCUCGGUUAUCGACGACGAUGUUGAAGAUGGAGAAUCACGAUGAACUUUUGAGGGAAGUCUUCGGUGAAUCAUCAGACAGCGAAGACGAUGAUCCACAACAUAAGCAUAUCGGAGACCCAAUUCCUUCAUGGGAACAGAUCAAGGAAAUUAACGGAUUAUGGCUAUGCAGAGACUUCCUUUCUCCUCAACACCAAUCUUCUCUGAUCUCCGCUGUGUUAAACGAAGGAUGGUUCACUGAAGAUUCUCACAAUCAGGCCAUGAGGUUUGGAGAUCUCCCAGCAUGGGCGACUGAACUUUCUAACUCUAUACGUGAAGCAGUGCUUCUUGGUCAUCAUGUCUCUAAAUCUACAGACUUGGCUACCUCUAAUGGGGCCACGGGAGACUGCCUAUUACCAUUAAAUUUAUUGUGGAGAGAACCUCUAUUUGAUCAACUAAUUGUAAAUGUAUACCACCCAGGUGAGGGAAUCUGUGCACAUGUUGACCUCAUGCGUUUUGAAGAUGGAAUUGCCAUUGUCUCCUUGGAGUCAUCAUGUGUCAUGCAUUUCACCCGAGUUGAAGCAGGUUCAAACAUUGUUGAGCAAGGUGAAAUGCAUCUACGUGUAGGAAAGAUUCCUGUUCACUUGACUCCAGGAUCUCUAGUUCUGAUGUCAGGAGAAGCUCGCUACCUUUGGAAACAUGAGAUAAACCGCAACCCAGGGUUUCAGAUGUGGGGAGGGCAGGAAUUAAUUCAGGAGAAGAGAAUCUCUAUAACCUUGAGAAAGCUGCGCCAGGUGGAGUAGCUUGCCGUAACAUGUUUUCUUGGAUAGUCAAUUUGCUUUUCCAAUUUGCCAAUACAUUAGGGGCUGUAGCAUUCAUUUGUUUCUCAUUUUUUUUUUGCACUAUUUGCCAACUUUGAAUGUGGGACAAUGGGAGGUAAUAUGCCCAGUAUUAAAUGUUGUCGCCUCGUGGCAAUUGCACUUAGUAACCCGGGUUUCAAGAGCUUGACUCCUAUCAUUAAAUUUUCUAUUUA